AAUGGAAAAUAUAAAUAAAUAGAUAAAAACCCCUGCACUAUAAAUACGAGCUACAUAUACGGCCAACCCCUGAAGAUCCUCCAGCACUUCUUCUAGGAUCUUCUUCUCUCCCUCAAAAACCAUGACUCGCAUAACGGAUUCCAACGAUAAGUCGUCGUCGACGACCAUCAAGUUUCUCUAUAGCUACGGCGGCAAGAUUCAGCCACGUAAGAUAGACGGCAAGCUUCGUUACGUCGGUGGCCAUACCAGAGUUCUCGCCGUCGACCGUUUUGUCACGUACGCAGAGCUGAUCGUGAAGUUCUGGGAGGCGUGUGGAUUUUCCGUCAAAUUGAAGUGUAAGCUGCCGACCGAAGAUCUCGACGUGUUGGUGUCUAUUACUGGCGAUGAAGAUCUCGCAGCUGUAUUAGAGGAGUACGAUCGAGUUUCUCCAGAUGUGAAGAUCAGAGCUGUUCUUUUCCCCAUCGAUUCGUUGAAGACAAUUUCUCCUGUUUCAUCUGCUGCUUCGCUUGUCGAUUUUCUUGUCGCAACACCGCUGCGGGAUCCAGUCGUGGCCAAUUAUAACGCAAUUACGCAACAACGUCCGUUCUCAGCCUUCAAGUUCCAUGGUUUUCCGGUUGCUAACCCUCCUUUUGCCGGUAGAUAACGUGAUCAACAAAUCCCUAGUGUAAAAUAUGGUUUAGAUACUAGAAAAACAAGAAAGAUUACUGGACUCAAGUAGAUGCUAUUAUAAGAUUGAAAUCCAUAUAUUAUUUUGUGA